AUGGCAGACAUCUCAACUUGCCCUCCCCUAACAAGGGACUCUGUUAUCGAGGCACAUCGCCUAAUUGAGCCUCAUGUGCAUCUAACUCCAGUCAUGACAAGCAGCUACAUUAACAAACUUGCUUCAACGCCAAGAGACCCCGCCUCUUUUGCUAAUCAAAAAAAUCUCCCGCAGCUUGCCAAACCUCAGUUCAGGCUGUGGUUCAAAUGCGAGAACUUCCAACGUGCUGGGGCCUUUAAAGCACGUGGAGCUUUCCACGCUAUUGAAAGAUUAAAGUUGGAGCCUGGAUGGGCUGAGAAUGGUGGGAAGGAAAAAGGCGUUGCUACACAUAGCUCGGGUAAUCAUGCCCAAGCGCUUGCACUAGCUGCCCGAGAAAACGGCAUGCCUGCUCAUGUCGUGAUGCCUUCAAUCACUAUUCCAAGCAAGGUCGCUGCUACCAAGGGCUACGGGGCAAAUGUCAUCUUCAGCACUUUGACCGAUCGCCUUGCUGUUGCUGAAAACGUUGUAGCAGAAACAGGCGCACGCCUUGUUCCGCCAUAUGAUCACCCCGAUAUUAUUCUAGGGCAGGGCACCAUGGGCCUCGAACUGCAGCAACAGGUCAAAGGCCUCAACGGCAUCAUUACACCCUGCAGUGGUGGCGGAAUGUUGUCGGGAGUAGCAUUGAGUUGCGAAAACACAGGGAUCAAAGUCUUCGGAGCCGAACCUUCGUUUCAAGGCGCGGAUGAUGCCAAGCGGGGAAUGGAACAAGGUGAAAGAAUCACCUAUGUGGAUAGUAUGUCCAUUGCUGACGGGCUGCGCUCCUACUUGGGCGUUUAUCCGUGGAGCAUCCUCUACGAGCGAAAACUUGUCCAUGGCAUGUACAGCGUGUCAGAAGACGAGAUCAAGGCGGCCAUGAAGUUGAUAUUGGAGAGAAUGAAGUUAUUCGUUGAACCAAGUGCCGCUGUACCACUUGCGGUAGUAUUGUUCAACGAGGAGUUCCGGUCCAUGGUUGAGAAAGAGGCGAAAGGGGAUGUUUGGGACUUGGGCAUUGUGCUAAGUGGGGGAAAUACCACAACAGACGGCAUUGCAGAUCUCUUUCCGAGCGAUGUAUACACAUAG